UUGGCCAGUUUGAGAGCCCUGUGUGAAGACUGCAAUUUGCACGCGCUGCGGUGUCCGCUUCGCGUAGUCACCGGCGCUAAACCCAUGUUGGAAAUGUGAUGCUGCAUCUUCGGGUAACUUGAGAUUUUGGCUGCAUCUUCAUAGCCGUGGAAAACCAUUGCCGCGGCGCAUUACCACAUCCCAACCCUCAACCUAGGCUCGACCCCGCCCUUUCCUGUCGAUGCGCUUUCUAUCAUUCAGAAGCGCGUCGUCAAUUGGCCUCUAAUGUCGUUUCGAAGCAUAGCAGCGCGAGCUGGACACGCAGCAGGUGCUUCAAGCUGUCGUGGACUGAACAUGGCACCGCACGCAACAGCUCUAAGCCCAUUCAGGGUCCGCCCUCUAUCGACAGAGGCGAAAUCGAUCAAGGAACUCCCCGGCGAUGAAGACCACGAUGUCGUUUUCGAAACCAAGUACGGCGUGCGCAGCAUUACCCUGAACCGACCGAAGAAGCUCAACUCUUUGAACGCUUCCAUGAUUCGAAAGAUCGUGCCGCGCAUGGUGCAGUGGGAACAGUCCGAUAUGGCCAACGUGAUCGUCCUCAAGGGUGCAGGCGAAAAGUCCCUUUGUGCUGGCGGUGACGUUACUGCACUGGCCGAGGCGAACAGGUCGAGUGAGGAUGGUUGGAAGAAGUCGGCCGAGUACUUUGGCCUUGAGUACAAGCUCGAUCACUACAUCUCCACCUAUCAGAAGCCCUACAUUGCAUUCAUGGAUGGCAUUACGAUGGGUGGAGGUGUCGGCCUCAGUAUCCACGCUCCGUUCAGGAUUGCUACGGAGAGGACCGUCUUUGCCAUGCCAGAGACGACGAUUGGCUUCUUCCCGGACGUUGGUGCCUCGUUUUUCCUCCCGCGAAUGAAUGGUGCCGUCGGUACUUAUCUUGCUCUGACAAGCGAGCGGCUCAGCGGCGUCAAUGUGCUCUACUCUGGAGUCGCCACGCAUUACUUGCACUCGUCAACUCUCCCGGAAGUUGAGGCCCGUCUAGCUGAGAUCCGUUUCUCGGACACGGACGACAUGAACACUCGCUUAAGGCUCAUCAACGGUACCCUUGAGGAAUUCGUUACCGGACUUCCUUAUGAUCAACCCAUGCAGAUUGCCGGGGAGGUGCGUAAGGCCAUCGACCGAUGCUUCAGCAAGGACUCUGUCGACGAGAUCAUUGCCGCGCUCAAGGCUGAGACCGGUCCUACGGAGGAGUGGGCGCAAAAGCAGCUGGCGACCAUGCAGAAGCGUUCGCCAACAGCAGUCCACGUGACGCUACGCCAGAUGCGCUCGGCACAGGAUUGGGAUAUCGCCCAGACGUUCAAGCGCGAGGCCCAGAUUGCGACACAGUUCAUGAAGCACCCCGAUUUCAGCGAAGGCGUCACAGCACUCCUGGUGCGCAAGCAAAAGCCCUCAUGGCAGCCGGCGACUCUAGACGAUGUCAAGGACAGCAAAAGCACAACCGAUGCUUUCUUCGAGUACGAUGAGGCGAACACAUUGGAUCUGUUCACCGAUCGCACGUACGCUGAAUACCCGUACCCUCCCGAACUGUCGAUGCCCAGCGAGCGUGACUUCCGGAGAAUCUUGAAAGCGAAGCAGAAUCUUACUCCCUCGCAAUUGGCGAAAGCUGUGGUUGAGAUUUUCAAGAGACGUCAAGGCGUGCACGAAAUCGUGGAAGAGAUCAUGGCGCGGAAGAUUGUCACGAAUGAGGCUGGACACGCCCAGUGGGCGUACGAUGAGUUUGAGCUUGCAGAGGAGAAGCGGGAGGCCCAAAAGGCCAGCGAGGCCAUACAGGACAAGAAGGAUGCUCAGGUCGCGAUGGGCAAAUUGUAAGAUAGAAUGUACAUAUAUAAUGGCGUUAAAUUAGUGAUGGGACGGCGUGGUCCCUGAAGCGAUGAAUGGGGAGCACUUGUCAGAAACGCUGAACAAUCGCAAUUUGCUACAAUGAUUCCAUUUGGCAGUGAACCGCCCUCACAUGACGUGCUUAUGAUACGAAUUUCUUCUGGUUGAGCGUGAAGCUGG